AGUAUUUUCGCAUUAGUAUUUAGUAUUGUUAUUGUGUUUUAUUUGUAUCUUUUAUUAAUGCUCUAAUGUGCACCCGCUGCUGUGAUCCUGACAUUUCCCCACUGUGGGAUUUAUAAAGAAAUAUCUAAUCUAAUCUAAUCUAAAAAACAAAACACAGCAAUAAACACAUGUCUUUUCUUUCUGGAAACAGAAGCGUGGAGGCCUGUUUUGGAUUAGCUCCAAAAGAACUGUCAUCACGCAGGGUGGUUUCCUAAAUCUCCACUUCUCCGUUUCAUCACGCCUGUUUUGGUAAAGAGGAGGAAGUGUGUCGGUGUUAUUUCUCCCUGCGGUGCUUUAACUGUCGUGACUCGGAGCGACACCAGAAUGAUUUAGGUUGAUCGAGUUAGUCCUCCAGAAGGCGGUCAGUGAACGUCUCACCAUGGUCACGCGGAGCCUGUGCCAAGGCGCCUUCGCGGUGCUCCGGAGGGUCGAGCCCACGCUGGUGCUGGAGCAGCUGGGCAGCUGUCUCUUCGCCACCGCCCUGCAGAUGGUGGUCAAGGACCGCUGUGUUAACGCCAGCCACCCGGACGCCCAGACAGCCAUGUCGGACUUCUACAUGACCUACAACCUCAUCGACGGGCUGGUGCCCAUCCUGCCCACGCUGCUUCUGGCCAGGCUGGGCGACCGCGGCUGGAGGAGACUCCCCAUCGCGGUGGCGCUGGGCGGGUACGUGCUGCUGAGUCUCGCCCUGCUCCUGGUGGUCGUCCUCCGGCUCCCGCUGGAGGUGAUGUUCGGCGGGGCGGUUGUCCACGGUCUGUCCGGCGGCUUCGGAGCCUUCUGGCCCGGCGUGAUGACGCUGGUCGCGCUCUCCUCCACCGCGGCGGAGCGCUCCAAGGCGAUGAUGACGGUGGAGCUGCUGUACGGGGCCGCCGGUGUGGUGGGCAGCCUGGCCUCCGGUCACCUGUUCCUGCUGUACAGCUCCAGUUUGGGCACCGGGACCGUCCUGAUCGUGGUGGGCGCGCUGCUGCAGCUGCUCGGCCUCGCGCAGGCCACCUUCCUGCUGCAGGUGAAACCCGAAUCCCACCAAGGGACAGAGGAAACCAGCCACCUCCUUCCUGAUACCUGUGGUGAAGUUCCCAGUGAGGUUCCCAGUGAGGUUCCCAGUGAGGUUCCCAGUGAAGUUCCCGCUCCUGUCGAGAGGAACCGGGUGAACAUCGUCCUGCUGGUUGCAGCCGCCAUGCUGUACGUCUCCGCGGUGGGCGGAGCAAUAGAGAUCCUGGAGGUCUUCGUGCUGAAGGAGCCCCUCAACUGGAGCGCCACUCAGGUGGGGUACGGCCAUGCUGCAGGCUGCACCAUCUUCCUCACCAGUUUCCUUGGCGUCAUCGUGUUCCGCCGCUGCGUCAGCGACACGGCGCUCAUCCUGAUGGGCAUGCUGUCGUUCGCCUCGGGGAUUUACUUCAUGUCCUUCGUCAGGACGACCUCCAUGUUCUACCUCGCUCGCUCUCUCAACUUGUUUGCUCUGAUCCCGAUGCCCACGAUCAGAUCUCUGCUCUCACAGCAGGUUCCAGCUUCCUCGUGCGGUACCACUCUCACCUACAUGCAGAUAGCUCUGAAGUUUGCCGGCCUGGCGUACAUCCCCGCCUUCACUAAGAUCUAUCAGAGAACCCUGGACUGGUUCCCGGGCUUCGUCUUCACGCUCUCCAGCGUCAUUACAGUACUGGGAAUGAUCCCGAUCAGCAUUUUCGGCUGCAGAUCACGUCAGAAGCGAAAGUACACAAGGAUUCAGGUCGACUGAUGGCACCGACCUCGCCGGCCGCGUUGGGCCCUCGGCAGAGGCAGAUGAAACGGGCAAAAAGAGGAACAUAACUUUACUCUCACUUCCUAUUUUGCCGAUAUUUUUGACCCGUCAAGAGUUCCCAAGCGACUUUGCCUGUUACGGGCCCAAUUUGACAAUAAUUUCGAAAUUAUUCAACUUUUUUUUCACCAGAGAUUUAGGCAAAAUGUCAUCCACCAAUGGGAUCGACUUGAGAAACUAAUUUGUUAGACUCAGUCAUAUCCUCAACAACACGCCCACGGUGAUGUCCACAUCGUGUAGACGUGUCAGUAAGCGUGUCAGACAUUGUGAGCAUAUUCUAAUGGAUAAUAAAAACGACUGACUCAUUUAAUCGAGUUUCCUGUUGUGAACCGGCUCAAACUGAAUCCCAUUAAGCCGUAAAUAGAAAUUAUGUUUCAUACCAUCGUGUCUCAUACUCCACUUUCCAGUUUAUAUUCUGUGACUGCGUGUCCUGGCCUUUACUCUGAAGGGUUAUGCACAUUUUAAGAAGCACGCACACACACACACACACACACACAGGGCUGCUGUCAAUGGGUUAUUACAUCUCAGGUACAGCUUAUGCGGGUUUAUUACGAGUUUGGAAAAUGUUAAACAUUUGCGGCGAUGAAAUGAAGCUGUAGGUUUUGUAAAAUUCAAGUUUUGAGGUGUGUCAGGGGCAUUUUGAUCAUUUGACUCAACAAUUGCUGAAGACAAAGAAAAUGUUAAAUAAAGAAUAAAUAAAAACAGAA